UGACUGAGCUUACAGCUGGUUCAAAGCACGGAAGACAGCAGGAGGGGAACACAGAGCUCUGUGACAUUUGAAAGCACACUCUGGGCAAGAUGGCUGCUAUCAGGAAGAAGUUGGUGAUAGUUGGGGAUGGUGCAUGUGGGAAGACCUGUCUGCUCAUCGUCUUCAGCAAGGACCAGUUCCCAGAGGUCUACGUCCCCACAGUGUUUGAGAACUACAUCGCUGACAUUGAAGUUGAUGGCAAACAGGUGGAGUUGGCGUUGUGGGAUACAGCAGGUCAGGAAGACUAUGACAGACUGAGGCCUCUUUCCUACCCCGACACAGAUGUUAUCCUUAUGUGUUUCUCCAUAGACAGCCCCGACAGUUUAGAGAACAUUCCUGAGAAAUGGACGCCUGAAGUGAAACACUUCUGUCCCAACGUCCCGAUCAUUCUCGUUGGUAACAAGAAGGACCUCAGGAAUGAUGAACACACACGCAGGGAGCUGGCCAAGAUGAAACAGGAGCCUGUGAAGUCUGAGGAGGGCAGAGACAUGGCCAACCGCAUCAGUGCCUUUGGCUACCUGGAGUGCUCUGCCAAGACUAAGGACGGCGUGCGGGAGGUGUUUGAGAUGGCCACCAGAGCAGCGCUGCAGGUCCGCAAGCGCAAGAAGAGAAGCGGCUGCCAGCUGCUGUGAGGGGACGGAGUUCGUUGGCCAAUCAGCACCUGAGGGAGGCCUCCCCCCUUCUGCACAGAGCAAACUUAGAGAAACCUUAAAUCAAUGGCUUCCGUGGACUAUACUUACUUCACAGAUGCAGAUAUGCCACAGGAGAAUAUGAAAGACUGACACGCCUGUUUAAAAGCAAAACAAAUCAGCCUUUUUUAAAACCUUGUUUUUUUCCUCUGCUACUCACACACUUUUGUUUCUGUUUGUUUGCUGUUUUGUUUUCCUCCACUAGCACACUAGUUUGUGUGAAGGACCUGUCCCUUUCUCCUCUAUGAAUGUAUGUUUGUAUUUAUACGUGCAUAUACUUGUAUCACGUCUAUGUUAUGAUUGUUUACAGAGAAGGGUCUUGUAGCUCACGUGCACACUGAAUAGCAAGACAGUUUUUAGAUUUGCUUGAUUAGUAAGGAACCCCUGCUUCUCCUCAGCCUGCAUGUACCACUCAGUCUCCUUCCGUCACCAUCCACCUAUUGUCACACCAUUAUUAAUUUUAAACCCUCAUUCACCAAUUUUAAGUCCUAAUUCACCAAGUGCUGAGUCAGCAGAACUCCAGCUUUGUCUUCUGACACAAAGGACUAAAUUUAGAGCCUGUUCACUCUGCAUUAAUUCACUGAAACCUACAUAAACUGAAGCAGCAGCAGCUAUUUGUGUGGAGAGGUUUUGGACCGCACCUUGCUCUGUCUCUCCUCCAUGGCGAUAGCUUAAACCGGCACUGGGGACAGUGGUCUAUUGUCAUGGACACAAUACUCUCAGUCAUGCUCACACUGGCUCUGACAGACUUGUCUCUACCAAGACGUCACUAACGCCCUCCCCAAACAAGCCCUGCCUGCUGUCUGAACUCUGCUCUGGUGAUUCAGAUCCAGUAUACAGUCUUUCCAGUCAUUACAGUGUACUGAAUCUACAAGUUUCUGGGCUCUACACGUAAUGGGUGCACACUGUGUACAGCCAUAGAGAUAUUCAGAUUAUAGGCCUUUUCUGUGUAUAAAAGUUGUAAUAAAAUUUCCAACUGACAACGUGA